AUGACAGCCUCUACCAAUAACUUCCAAGAGAUUCCCGUCAUCGACCUGGCCCUGGCAGAUGACCCCAAGACACUUCCAGCCCUCCUCGGCGCUCUCCGCGUCGCAUUGAUAGACAUAGGAUUUCUUUAUGUCUCGAAUCACAAGGUGCCUCCCCGAGUGAUUCAAGACCUUGUAGACAUUCUUCCGAGACUCUUUAGCCUACCUGAUGACGCAAAAAGCAGAAUUGCCCUGGAAAAUUCCAAGCAUUUUCUCGGUUACAGCGCUGUGGGUAGCGAAACUACAGCGGCAAAGGCCGACGCAAGAGAGCAAGUGGAAUUUGCAACUGAGUUGACUGCGGUGUCUGAUCCGGAUGCUCCUCUGUGCGAGAGUUUAAGAGGCCCCAAUCAGUGGCCAUCUGAAUUGCCAGAACUGAGGCCUGUCGUGGAGAAAUACAUUACCGAGUUGACUCUACUUGGAGAGCGAUUCCUUUCUCUUGUUGCGCAAGCACUGGACUUGCCCAAAGAAACAUUCCACUCCUUUCUCUCUGAUCAGCACCGACUCAAAGCUGUACACUACCCUGCCGCUGCUCCUGAUUCGGGCAUCACUCAAGGCGUUGGUCCGCACACAGACUCCUCUGGGUGGUGGACGUUUCUACUUCAAGCGUCAGAAAAGCAUGUCAGAGGACUGCAGGUUCUCAACAAGACGGGCGAUUGGAUUGAUGUCCCUGUGCUUCCAGACACGUUCGUGGUAAACGUUGGUCAAGCUUUUGAGGUGUUGACACACCGCACUUGCAAGGCCACUAUUCACCGAGUACUCGCAACCCCCGAUGAACGAUACAGCAUCCCCUUUUUCCAAGGCGUACGACGAAAUCUCACCAAGAAAGAGGCUGUCGAGUCUUUUCGAGAACAUUUUUCUUCCUUUGAGCCCGAUGCCGGCACUGAAUCAGAUGUUGGACGAGCUGUCGAUUCUCCAUUUUUACGAGGGAAAUACGAUACGUGGGGGGAAAGCCAGCUAAGGACCAAGAUUCGGAGUCAUCGGUCCAACGGACAAAAGUUUUAUCCUCAAGUGUACAAGAAAUACGUCGAAGAUGAUGCUUAG